AUGAUUCACAAGAAAUUCGAUUUAUUAAAACAACGAAAACAAUUACAUGAUGAACCGGUUACAUCUUAUUUUGAUGAUGUUGUUAACUUAUGUAAUGAAAUUGAUCCAACUAUGUCAGAACAAAUUAUAAUUCAACAUUUAAUCAGUGGAAUUAAUCCUAAUUUUAAAAAAGAACUUUCUCGACGUGAAUCAUCUAUCAACACAUUAAACGAAUUUUUAAAAUACGCUAAAAUUGAACAAGACUUAUAUAAUACUUUUGAAAAAUCCAACCAAUUAUCAAUCGAACAUAAAUCACCUAAUACUACUAUUAAUCAUCAGCAAGUUCCUUCAUUUACAGCUAUGAUUAAUCGACCGAAACAAUAUUACAAUUAUAAAAAAAGAAAUGAUUAUUCAUAUCCUUUAUCAAGUCAGAGCUCUGUCUUUCAACAGAACUCGAUUCGUCAACCUGAAUCUUGGCCAACAUCUAUAUAUAAAACACCAAUACCACUUAAUUCACCACAACAAACAUAUAAUAAAAAACAUAUUAAUAAUCAAUAUACAUCACGACAACAAUUUAAUAAUUGCAAAAUUUGUGGUCGAACAAAUCAUCGAACAAUUGAUUGUUUUUACAAACAUACAACCGGAUGUUAUAAUUGUGGUCAAAACCACAAUGUCCGUGAUUGUACAUUACCUCCGAAUUUUCAAUAA